AUGGUACCUCACCAGCUUUGUUUUUUUUUGCUUUUUUUGAACAGCCUAACAAAAAGAUCAGAAAGUUUGCAUUACAAUGCAAGUUUAAAGGAUUCUUUUCAAAUCCCUAAUAUAACUGGCUUUUUUACUUGGAAUAAUUACAGCCUGGCAGACUGGCAGAAUUUUGUGGGAAAGAAAAGAUAUGGAGCUGAAUCUCAGAAUCCUAUGGUGAAAGCUCUAUUGAUCGUGGCAUAUUGCUUUAUUAUAGUUUUCUCGCUUUUUGGGAAUGUAUUGGUCUGUCAUGUUGUCAUCAAAAAUAAACGGAUGCACUCUGCCACCAGCUUGUUCAUAGUAAACCUUGCUGUGGCAGAUAUUUUAAUCACUCUACUCAACACUCCGUUCACUUUGGCUCGAUUUGUAAACAGCACCUGGAUGUUUGGGAAAGGCAUGUGUCAUGUCAGUCGUUUUGCCCAGUACUGCUCCCUGCACGUUUCUGCACUGACGCUAACAGCCAUUGCUCUGGACAGACAUCAGGUAAUCAUGCAUCCUCUGACCCCUCGGAUAUCUACUGCUAGAGGUGUUGUGUACAUUGCUAUCAUAUGGAUUAUGGCUACUUGUUUUUCUCUCCCACAUGCAAUUUACCAAAAACUAUUCACCUUCGAAUACAGUGAAGAGACUAUCAGAAGCUUAUGCCUCCCAGAUUUCCCUGAACCAUCCGAUCUCUUUUGGAAGUAUUUGGAUCUGGCUACGUUUAUCUUACUGUAUGUUCUGCCUCUCCUAAUUAUAUCUGUGGCGUAUACAACAGUAGCCAAGAAGCUGUGGCUAAGAAACGCCAUAGGAGAUGUGACGACAGAGCAGUAUUUCGCCCUUCGCCGUAAAAAGAAGAAAACCAUAAAGAUGCUCAUGUUGGUGGUGGUACUUUAUGCUGUGUGUUGGUUUCCAUUGAAUUGUUAUGUGGUUCUCCUUUCCAGCCAAAUCAUCCGCACUAACAAUGCACUUUAUUUCGCCUUUCAUUGGUUUGCUAUGAGCAGCACUUGUUACAAUCCGUUCAUAUACUGUUGGCUUAAUGAUAAUUUUAGGUCGGAAUUGAAAUCCUUGCUCAACAUGUGCAAAAAACAGACAGUGCCAAGGGAGCACAUGCUGCCCUCCAAUAUACCCUCCUACCGAUUAGCCUGGCCAGAGAGCAGGAGCUUUAAAAGAUCUCUAGUUUCCCAUACUCUCCCGUCCACAUCAAACAUCCAAUCAGGAAAGACUGACAUCUCUGCUGUUGAGCCUAUAGUGUCUGUUGGGUGA